AUGCUUCAUAUGGCCGGUUUAGAUGAUGUUUUUUCAGCCAAAUUUAUCAUAAAAAAUUGUUACAACGACUUAAGUGGAAUACUGAGUCAGUCACUUUUUGGCCCUGCGACUGGAGGACAAGUAAAAAUCGUGAAAACACUCAUCGAACACGGUGCCAACGUUAACGCUACGAAUAAUGUCGGAGAUAUGCCACUUCAUGUAGCUGCUUGGAAUGGUCAUGUGGAAGUUGCAAAAAUCCUCGUUCAAUACAGUGCCGACGUUACUGCUAAGGAUAAUAAAGGAAGUACAGCACUUCAUUUUGCUGCUGAUAGUGGACACUUGAAUUUCAUUGAAUUCCUCAUCGAACACGGGGCCAACGUCAAUGCAAAAGAUAAUGUUGGAUGGACACCGUUGAAUAUUUCUGCAUGGAAGGGUCGUCUAAAUAUCACUAAAUAUCUCAUCGAACACGGGGCUAAAAUAAAUACCAAAGGCAAUAAUGGAUACACGGCCAUUGCAGUGGCUGCCAUAUAUGGUAAUGUAGAUGUCACUAAAUACCUAAUCGAACAUGGUGCUGACAUCAAUGUUAAAGGCGAUAAUGGAUUCACACCAUAUGAUAUUGCUAGGACAAAUGAUCAUGCGGAAGUCGCGAAAAUCCUCAUGGAACAUGGAGCUAAAGACAGUAGUACUAAGAGUAGUACAAAAGAUAAUAAUGGAUUGGUUUAUAUAAUCGUUGGUGUUGUGGCAUUGAUUUUUGUUUCGGCGAUUUCGAUUACGUGUUUAUACGUGCGAACGAGACGGAGAAACGAAGUAAUACGUAAACAAAAUGCAAUAGAACUAAAAUGUUUCGAGCACGGCAAUGUAGAAGGGAUAAGCUCAAAACUCACGUUAGAAGAACAGGCUGAUCUUUUGCCCUACGAUAAAAAAUAUGAAUUUCCCCGUGAUAAGCUGAAGCUUGGAGCACAGCUUAGUGGUGGUGCUUUUGGUAUCGUUUAUGAGGGAAUUGCACAUGGCAUUCUACCUAAUGAGAAGGAGACCAAAGUGGCCGUCAAAAUGGUCAAAAGAAUGUCAAAUGAUGAGAUAUUGCGUGCUCUGAUUUUGGAAUUGAAGAUUAUGGUACAUUUGGGCCAACAUUUGAAUUUGGUCAAUUUACUUGGAGCAGUCACGACGAAUAUUACACGAUACGAUAUGAUGAUCAUUGUUGAAUACUGUCGAUAUGGUUGUCUGCAGAAUAUCCUAAUCAAAAGCCGAUCGUCAUUCGUCGAUCAGAUUGAUCGUGAGACGGGCACAAUUAUUUUGAACACAAAUGCAGGAGAACAACAGAACGUAGCAAAUGAGAGUCAUCAAGCGGGUCAAUAUUCGGUUACCAAUUCAUUGUAUAUUCGAAAUUUCAAUGAUAAGUAUCACUGCUCAGUCAUUAAUUCAUUAUACAUUCCAUAUUCGAAUGACAGGGAUCGACCAGCAGAUGGACCUUCAUGCAAACCCAGCGGGGUAACUGAUUCUGAAUCAAUACCCCAAAUUGCAACGAUCGAUUUAUUUUGUUGGUCAUUCCAAAUUUCGCGUGGAAUGUAUUAUUUGGCAUCACGCAAAGUGUUGCAUGGUGACUUAGCAGCGAGGAACGUUCUUUUGAGCGAUUAUAACGUGAUUAAAAUUUGUGACUUCGGUUUGGCUCGAUCGUUGUACAAAACUGAUGUUUACCGUAAGAAAAAAGAGGCACUGCUCCCAUUCAAAUGGUUGGCUCUCGAGUCUAUCGAGGAUCUCGUAUUUAGUAUUCACACUGACGUUUGGGCUUUCGGAAUUGUGCUUUGGGAGUUGUUUUCACUAGGAAUGACGCCAUAUCCUGGUUUGAGUUCAGGUCAAGAUUUGUAUCAAAAAUUACUGGACGGUUACAGAAUGGAAAAGCCCAAAUAUGCUACCCAAGACAUAUAUGACAUUAUGUUGGCAUGUUGGCGGAAAGUGCCUGAGUCGCGUCCAUCAUUCGAUGAGCUUGAAAUAAAGCUCUCUAAGUUUUUGGACACCAACGUUGCCAAUCAAUAUAUCAAAUUAAACGAACCAUAUUUGAAAGCAAACGUGGAGAAAUACGAAGGUGGAAAAACCGAUUUUAUAUCCUUGAUGGGAACACCCGAUUUUAAAGCACCAUCUGCACCAUCAGGAAUAGCGCUCGAAUGCAAUGCGAUUGUUGAAAUUCAUCAACAAUCAGAUGAAUCAUCAUUAUAA